AUGUUGAAGAGUAGAAGAUUCAAGUUGAUAAUACUUCGAUCUUUGAUAGCUUUGGUGCUAAUAAUCGGAAUAUAUAAAUAUUUUGAAAAUCCACCAAUUGAUUUUAGUGUAUUAAAAGAGUCCAAAUUUGAAUUUAAUUCGGAAGAUAUUAAAUUUUAUAAAGAUCAUAAUAUUGAUAUACAUUCAAGUAAUUAUGGGAAUUUAUUCAGUAAAGUGCAAUUUGGAGAUUUCAUUCCAUUGAACUUGAAGCACAAAUGUGAUUAUUAUUUUGAAAAUAUGAAUUUGAAUGACAAAGAUUGGAGAAAUGAUCCUUUAUAUGGAUUCUCCUUCAAUAGGAACUAUUUCAAGAAAUUCCCUGAUUUCAAAGAAUGGUUGAUUAAAGAUUUGGCUGAUAAUGAGAAACCUGCUUUAAGUGACGAAGAAAUCGAAAAGGAAUAUAACGAUAGUUGGAAAAAAAUUGUUGAAGAAGAACAAGUUAUCCAUAAUUAUUUCACUAAUUUGAAUAUCUUCAAUAAAUGUUACGUGGAAAACAAGCAUUCUAGAAAGAAUCUUGAUGAAAAGAAUUUGAUUAAGAAAUUAAUGCCUUACUUAUCUUUUAAGUAUCCUGAAAUCGAAGAUUAUAAUCUUAACAAAUUGCACUUAACUGAUGAUUUACCUAAUGAGAACUUCUUAAUGAAUUUGAAGUCUAAUCUUCAAGGUAGAGGAAUUGUUUUAACAAUAAAAGAUUCUCAUGUUGAUGAUACUAUCAGAUUAAUCAAAUUAUUAAGAUUCUUGGGUAAUCAAUUACCUAUUCAAGUUGUUUACUUCAAGAAUUUAUCAGAAGAAUCCAAGAAAAAAUUAAUAGAUAUUUGUAGAAGUGAUCUUGUCAUUGGUAACCCCUUACCAUUGCAAGAAAUUUAUUUCGUCAAUGUUUCGAGGGCCGUGCAAGAGAAAUAUUUACAUAAAUUUGAAGGAUUCGGUAAUAAGAUUUUAGCUACAUUAUUCAAUACUUUUGAAGAAAUGAUUUUAUUAGAUGCCGAUACCGUUAUUUUGAAACCACCACAUGAAUUUUUCGAUAUGGCCAAAUAUAAACAAAACGGUACGAUUUUCUUCAAAGAUCGUAAGACUGUUGAAUUUAGAACUACAAAUGAUUUGAUUUUUUUCAAGAAAAUGUUACCUUCAAAAUUAGACACUAUCGCAUUUGGUAUUGACCAACCAACAAAUUAUUCCUUGACUAAUGAUUUCUUCCAAGGAUUGAAUCAUUAUAUGGAAAGUGGAAUGGUAGUUAUCAAUAAGAAACAACAUUUCUUCAAACCUUUCAUUAUGGCUCAAUUAAAUUUCAUUUAUCCAGUUUCAACCAGAAUUUAUGGUGAUAAAGAGUUAUUCUGGUUAAGUUGGGUUAUCAUGGGAGAUGAAAGUUAUUCUUUCAAUAAACAUUUUGCUGCAGCUAUUGGAGAAACUACUCCAAAUAAUGAACGUUAUAAAGAUAUUGGUAAAGCCAAGAAUUUCCAUUCCAAAGAACUUUGUUCCAAUCAUCCAGCUCAUAUUAAUGAUGAAGAUGAUCAUACGUUAUUAUGGUUUAACUCUGGUUUUAAGUUUUGUGGACAAAAUUAUAAAGCUGAAGAAGAAUUUGCAUCAAAGAAACGUUAUACCAAUUUACAAACCAUUGAACUGUUUAAGACAUUCUUUGAUAGUAAAUUAAUCAUCAAACAAGCCAUUAUUCCUCCAUCUAAAAGUAUCCGUGUAGAUUCAACCGAUGGAGAAAGUGAUAGAUCUUGGCUUAACAUGAGACAAUAUUGUAAUGGUUAUACAUGGUGUGCAUAUUCUUCUAUUGGAGAAGAUGGUGAUAAAGAUGAAAAUUUACAAGGUAUCAUUAUAGAAUAUUCUCCUGAUGAAAUCAAUUAUUUCAAACAAUUAGGUAAUGUUUGGAUGGGGAAUCAAUUGAUCAAAAAGUCACCCCCUAAGAAGGAUAAAAUCAAAUUAAGUGAUCAUAAUUUGAAUGAAGUUGGAGGUGCUAGUGUUAAAGAUUGGAGUUAUUCUGUUGAUACCAAGAAUGACGUUUAG